AUGUACUUCCGGCUGACUAAGGAAUUCCAUUGCACCUCAGAGGAUGAGAAAGGUUUCUCCCGCCCCUCCAAUGGGGGUAAGGGAAGGAAAGGAUAUCACCUCAUCUUCGCCUUCGAAGUGAGCUCCAACGGCAAGCGCUCUGGCAAAAAAUCCCAAUCAGAGCGAAGAGAUGCUGUCGAGAGGAAGGAGAGGACCGACGAUAGCUAUGAGCGGAAACAUGUUUGCUUCGUCUGUGGGAAAUCUCGCUCUCAUUCUUUUCACAAGCUCUAUCCGAUUCGGUCUGAUAGAGAUCUCAUACAGAGUCUCUGUCGCCGUUGUCGCCGCGACAGGAAAUUGCGAAUUGAGGAGCGAGCUCAAAACGGCGCCCGUCAGUGCGGACGGAUCACAAGACUUCAAGUCCAUGUCGACGACAAACAGUGGUGUGCCAAGUGCGGUGUGCUGCGAUCGAACCGCUACCAUGAGAUGUACAAGUCAGGUCGCCUUCCCCCUUUCUCUGAAUACUGUGGGAACUGUACUGCCAUAGACGUCCAGAGAGGCCGGCAAAAGUUGGUUCGAUUGUACCUCGAGACCCUGGACCAAGAGCGCGUUAUGCGAUUUCAGUAUGACUUGGAUCGCAGCGAUGGUUCGCAUUGCGGUACGUCAACCGCCCAGAGGUCUCACCUACUUGAAAGCAAAACAGAGUUCGUUCAAGGUCAGGCUCGCUCUAUCACUCCUUCGGCUACGACUACUAGCCUUCCGAGCAAUAGUUGCAUUUGGGACAACCUUGCACAAUAUGAGGAAGUCAAGGUCCGGGUUCGUCUCUCCGAGUUUGAGGAAGAGAGAGAUAUCCGUUCUCCAGUCAAGGACGACCAGCAGAAGUCGCUCUGCUCAUUUUCAAAUACCUCAAACAUUGUGAGCAAGAAGCCCGAGAAUAAUGGUCACGAGCAUAUGUCAACUCUGAGAAAUUAUCAUACGGACCUGGAAGGCACUUGUAAUCACACCAACAAAAAGAGGAACAAGAUCCAGGAUACAAGUCACUCGAAGCAGGCUACUAAGGAACACAAGCUCGAUGCUUCUUCUGCCAAGCCUUUGGACAAUGAUUAUAACCGUUCUGAUCGUUGCUACAGUGAGAAGGCUUCAACUGUUGCAGAGUUGGAGCUUCACCAGGAGCAAGUCUUGAAGCUGCCUGGAGAGUUCCUGGAUAGGAAUGAAAUUGCGUAUGCUCCUGUUAAGGGGUCUCAAAAGAAGGAGGACCAGAGGGAUACGCUUCCUCCUAAGUCCAGAGCACAACCCCAGAUCGGGCCUGAAUCCAAAGACAGGCCCAAGCACGCUACCAACCCCAAGCCCAAGGUCAUGGGACUCUCGGACAUGUACUGGGCAUCGGAGCAAGGCAAGGCCGAAAAAGCUUUUAUUGAGGCUGGUGGCCUUCAAUUUGCAUAUUCCUCUUUCCCAUCCAUGCAGGCCUUCACUGCGGACAACGAGACUGGCUCCUAUGACUUAUAUGGUCAAUAUAACAACGAGAGAAGCGUCUGGACAACCUAUGACACAACUUGCAUGCCAGACUCCCACCUUAAUUCUGAUUCUUACUGUAACAAGGAUUUGAAUCCUGAGCUUGACGAUGGCGAGACUCGUCGGUCGAAGCGCAAGCAGAGGAAGCCUAAAGGGAAGAAGGAUAAGCGAGUGUCUCGAGAGGAGGAGCAGGAGAAGCUGAAUUUUUUUUUCAAGAACAAGAUUAACGAGGAGAGUGAGUACGAACCGCCCCGGUGUUGGACCUCUUCAGAUGACGACUUCUCCAAUUCCGCUCCCAACGCUGCCCCUAUUCCCGCCGACACUAUCGGCACUGGGUCCAGUUCUUACUAUUACCCUCAUCCAGAGGAUGAUUUCGCGUUCAGCCAGUACUACUACUACUACCACCAGUAUUACGCUACAGACGGCGGCCACUACAACCACAACAACGCCACACUUGCUGCAGGUGCGACCGGCUUCUCUUCAGCUGCUGCCUCUUCCCCGACUUAUUAUGCGACUUAUGGGUUUGACGGCGACGCCGGGAAGGAGGCUGCUGAUUUGCAGGACCGUAUCUGGGAGAUUACCUCGGACGAAGAGGACGAAAUUGAGCGAGCCCGUGCGAACUUGCUGGCUCACAAGGCCCGACCCAGUAUUAGCUGA